UAUACAUAGGAACGUUAUUUUCUUCCUGGUCUGGGCGGCAGUGUGUCACAAUGGCGCUGUGGGCCUGUGUUGUGUUGUGGGUGGCCAGUCUCUGUCUUGCAGCAGGUGUGAGGCAAAAUGUCGCCCAGGGAACACCAGCAUGGAUGAGCACUACACGUCAACCUACACAGUCUGCUGGUAAUGCUGUAGAUGGAGUGACUACUGCAACAAGUGAUAGGUACUCAGCACACACCAGUGAGAGUCAAGCUAAUGCUUGGUGGAAGGUGGAUCUACAGUUGCAAGUACAGUCACCAGUGGUUAGCAUCUACUUCAGAACAGACUAUAAGAAACGACGUAAUGGCCUCCAACUCUACACCUCUGGGACAAAUUCAUCUGACCCCAAAGAAGGAGAUAUAUGUGACACAGUUAGAGGACGUGCUGACGGUACAGACAUUCCUGAUGUCCUGAAUGUCACCUGUCCUGGGACCUGGCGCUACCUGACCGUAUACACAGAGACUGAUAAUGAUGAGUAUGGUGCUAUCUUGGACUUCGCUGAAGUACAGGUGUGGGUACCCAGAGCAUGCGAUUUGGAGCAUUAUGGAGUCAACUGUGGCCAGUCCUGUGAUACACGUCACUGCAAGAUGGACUCCAGCUGUGAUGUAACACUUGGACAGUGUGUCGGUGGAUGUGCGGCUGGAUAUCAGGGAACGGACUGUACUCAAGCCUGUGGCACUUCGAUUUAUGGAGAAGAAUGUAGCAAGUCCUGCAGCAGCCGUCACUGUCAGACGCCAUCUAACACAUGUGAUCACGUGACUGGAAGGUGUCCCAACGGCUGUAUGCCUGGUUACACGGGAGAUGACUGUUUACAAAGUUCAGCGUGUGCGUCUGGUCGUUAUGGAGACAGCUGUAGCAAGGACUGCAACUCCCGAUACUGCCUCAACACGAGAGACCCCUGUCCCCCUGACACAGGGGCGUGUUCAGCGUGCCAACCAGGGUGGGCAGGACCAGACUGUACAGAAUGUGUGCCUGGUCGUUAUGGAGACAGCUGUAGCAAGUACUGCAACUCCCGAUACUGCCUCAACACAGAGGAUUCCUGUCCUUCUGACACAGGGGCGUGUUCAGCGUGCCAACCAGGGUGGGCAGGACCAGACUGUACAGAAUGUGUGCCUGGUCGUUAUGGAGACAGCUGUAGCAAGUACUGCAACUCCCGUCACUGUCGCAACGCAGGAGACUCCUGUCCUCCUGCCACAGGGGCGUGUUCAUGGUGCCAACCAGGGUGGGCAAGACCAGACUGUACAGAAUGUGUGCCUGGUCGUUAUGGAGACAGCUGUAGCAAGUACUGCAACUCCCGUCACUGUCGCAACGCAGGAGACUCCUGUCCUCCUGCCACAGGGGCGUGUUCAUGGUGCCAACCAGCGUGGGCAAGACCAGACUGUACAGCAUGUAUUUCAGAAUGUGUGCCUGGUCGUUAUGGAGACAGCUGUAGCAAGUACUGCAACUCCCGUCACUGUCGCAACGCAGGAGACUCCUGUCCUCCUGCCACAGGGGCGUGUUCAUGGUGCCAACCAGGGUGGGCAAGACCAGACUGUACAGUAUGCGCCUCCGGAUAUUAUGGAAGCAGCUGCAACCAACUGUGUAGUAACACUCACUGCAGUCAUACCUGUGGUGGAAUACAGUGGAGUUGUAUCGGUGGAUGUUUGGCUGGAUACCACGGACAAUACUGUACACAAGUAUGCAACUCUCGGAAUUAUGGAGCCAACUGUGGCCAGUCCUGUGCUGCACGUGGCUGCAAGAUGGCCUCCAGCUGUAAUGUAACACAUGGGCAAUGUGUCGGUGGAUGUGCGGCUGGAUAUCAGGGAACAGACUGUAGACAAGCAUGCACGUCUGGUGUCACGUACGGAGACAACUGUAGCAAGUCCUGUUAUUCCCGCCACUGUGUCAACAACCUGGCUUCCUGUCCUCCUAACACAGGGGCGUGUUCAAGUGCAGGCUGCCAAGCGGGGUGGGCAGGAACUGACUGUACAGUAUGCGCCUCUUGGUAUUAUGGAGCCAACUGUGGCCAGUCCUGUGCUGCACGUCACUGCAAGAUGGACUCCAGCUGUGAUGUGAUACAGGGCGAGUGUGUCGGUGGAUGUGCAGCUGGAUAUCAGGGAACAGACUGUACUCAAGCGUGUGCGUCUGGUAGUUAUGGAGACAGCUGUAGCAAGGACUGCAACUCCCGUCACUGCUUCAACACGAAAGACCAAUGUCCUCCUGUCACAGGGGCGUGUUCAUGGUGCCAACCAGGGUGGGCAAGACCAGACUGUACAGUAUGCGCCUCCGGAUAUUAUGGAAGCAGCUGCAACCAACUGUGUAGUAACACUCACUGCAGUCAUACCUGUGGUGGAAUACAGUGGAAUUGUAUCGGUGGAUGUUUGGCUGGAUACCAUGGACAUUACUGUACACAAGUAUGCAACUCUGGGUAUUAUGGAGCCAACUGUGGCCAGUCAUGUGCUGCACGUCACUGCAAGAUGGACUCCAGCUGUGAUGUGACACAAGGGCAGUGUGUCGGUGGAUGUGCGGCUGGAUAUCAUGGAACAGACUGUAGACAAGCAUGCACGUCUGGUGUCGCGUACGGAGACAACUGUAGCAAGUACUGCAACUCCCGCCACUGUGUCCACAACUUGGCUUCCUGUCCUCCUGACACAGGAGCAUGUUCAAGUGCAGGCUGCCGAACGGGGUGGGCAGGAACUGACUGUACAGGAUGCCUUUUAUCGUCGCUGCGUUUGAAUAAUUCCAUCAACAACACUGGGUAUUAUGGAGCCAACUGUGGCCAGUCCUGUGACGCACGUCAAUGCAAGAUGGACUUCAGCUGUGAUGUGACACAAGGGCGUUGUGUCGGUGGAUGUGCGGAUGGAUAUCAAGGAAUAGACUGUAGACAAGAGUGUGUCUACGGGAUGUACGGAGAAGGAUGUAGCAAGUCCUGCAGUAACCGUCACUGUAAGACGCCAUCUAACCAAUGUAAUCACGUGACUGGAAGGUGUCCCGCCGGCUGUGUCACUGGUUUCACUGGAGAUGACUGUUUACAAAACUGUCCAGAUGGCUAUUAUGGAACUACCUGUUCCCUGAGUUGUGCUGAGAGACAUUGUAACAGUUCCUCCUGUCCUACUGAUGGGGCCUGUGGCACUGGGUGUGAGGCGGGAUGGACACUGCAGAGUUGCACACAAGAGUGUCCCAGGGGAAAGUAUGGCGUCAACUGUGACUCUGUCUGUGGCCACUGUGCUGAUAACAUCACAUGUGAUCACAUCACUGGAACCUGUCCGGGUGGAUGUCAGCCAGGAUGGCAACACCAACUGUGUCAGACAGGUUGUGACAAUGGGAAAUUCGGCUCGAACUGUGAGCGGGACUGCGGCCAGUGUAACGGGACGUGUGAUGUUAUUGAUGGACGAUGUCCCUGGGGAUGUACCGAGGGGUACAACGGUUCUCACUGCUCUGUAAAGCUUUCUCCUUUAAAUAAAAUGCAGUCAUCAAAUGUUUUGGUACCAGCCGUGUCAGGAACAGUUGUAGGGUUGCUGGUGGUUGCCAUAGUUGUUGCUGUUGUGGUUCUUGUGGGCAGGAGGAGACGGAGGUUUCAAGAUAGCGAUGUGACCAAACACUCUGCACACUUCCGCCCUGAAGAGAAUGGCGCUUUGGCAAACGUAGUUCUGGAUGAGAACAGAACAGGCCACCAGAAGCCACCUAUAAAACCCAAACCUGCCCCACAAGCUGCAUCCAGCAAACAGCUGAGUUCCGAAGACGAAGGCCAUGAGGAAGAAGAUUUGGACGAGGAAGUUCAACCUCCUGACAGUUGUUACUACAACGCAGAAGCCGAAGACGCCAUCAGAGACGUUGCUGUGCCUGAACUUGCUGCAACUGUGGCGAUGCUUAAACAGAGGAAAGAUGGGUUUGAAAGAGAAUAUAACAUGAGUCCACUUUGCAAUGUCGUGGUUUUGCAUUGCUUUUCUAGUUUGUCUCUAAAUGGUAAAGGGGGUGUUGGGUUGGGCUAG